AUGGAUUUUAACAGUUCCUCGCCCUUCCCCGAGGGCGCCAUCUCAUUUCUCGACACCGAUUUGUACAAGUUGACAAUGCAAUGUGCCGUCUUCAAGUUUUUCAAAGACAUACCUGUGACAUAUGCCCUCACCAACCGUACGCCAGACAAGAAGCUUUCAAGAGUUGCCUUUAAAUGGCUUGACGAACAAAUCCGAAAGCUUGGAAACAUUUCACUAUCCAAUGGAGAAUAUCAAUUUCUACAAACACACUGCAAGUACUUAACCGAUGACUAUCUCAAUUAUCUGCGCGAUUUUCAACUGCGACCCAGAGAGCAAGUUGCCGUUACCUUCACAACGUUUGGCGCAGACACAGGUGCCGACUCAGACAUUGGUGAUAUUGAUAUCAAGAUUCAAGGAACAUGGUCCGACACUAUCCUGUACGAGAUUCCCAUCCUGGCCUUGACAUCCGAAGCAUAUUUUCGAUUUAUGGAUACCGACUGGAACUACGACGGCCAGGAAGAACUUGCUUUUAACAAAGGCAUGCAACUCUUGAAAGCCGGUUGCGUAACUUCAGAAUUCGGAACUCGAAGGAGACGUGACUAUCACACCCAGGCCUUGGUGUUUCGCGGAUUGGUCAAGGCAUCCAAGGUUGCUGCGGAGAAGGGCUUCCCUGGUAAGCUGUCUGGGACUUCCAACGUACACUUGGCCAUGAGAUUCGGUAUUCCUCCUGUAGGAACCGUUGCCCACGAAUGGUUUAUGGGUACAGCCGCCAUCUUCAAUGACUACAAAAAAGCCACAGAACUAGCACUUCGCCACUGGGUCGCCUGUUUCGGCUCUAAUCUAGCCAUUGCCUUGACAGACACAUUCGGCACCUCUGAGUUUCUCAAGUCCUUUAGCCUCCCCGUGCAGACAGUUGAAGGCGGUAUAUCGAGUGAUUGUUUCAAGAAUGAAGACGGCUCUACAAAGACCUAUGCCGAGUUAUUCACCGGUGUGCGACAAGAUUCCGGCGAUCCCGCAGAAUAUGCUAAAUUGAUGCGGAAGUAUUACGACCAACAGGGCAUCAAAGAAAGAAAGGUUAUUGUGUUCUCGGACUCACUCAACAUCGAACGCUGCUUGGAGUACAAGGAGGUUUCAGAGGCGCUUGGGUUCCAGCCGACAUUUGGAGUUGGCACAUUUCUAACCAACGACUUCACCCACAUAAAGACUGGAACCAAGUCGGUGCCUCUGAAUAUUGUUAUCAAGCUUAGCUCGGCAGCAGGACGACCCGCCAUCAAGAUUAGGUUCGUGUCACUACGCUCAGCAUCAGAAAAAUAUUUCAGUUGGCUCAUUGACAUUAGCGAUAAUGUUGGCAAAAAUACCGGCGACAAGGACCUCGUUGAAAAGGUUAAAAGAGAGCUCGGAUACGUGGAGCGCGACUGGAAAGAGGGCGACGAGACCGCACGAUGGGGUAAAGGAUAA